AUGAAAUCUAAGUAUAAUCCUUAAGAAAAAAAACUGACGGUAAUAAUGAAUAUGAUUAAUUAGAAUAUUUCUUAUGAUUUGAAUUCAAAUAACAAACCAAAAUAUUAUAUAUCAAACACAACAUGCCAUAAAGAAAAUUAAAAGUUUUUUAAUUGUAGUAAUAUGUCACCAAUAGUUGUUGAAUCAUCUACUCCAAGAAAAAGACUUAUAUCUGGCAAACGAGUUAGUAUUCUUAAUUCUAUAUUAGACUUAACCAAAGGCAAAUUGUUCAAAUAAUAACUCAAACAAUAAAAUUUAAAAUAGAUAGAAAAAAUCAUCAUCUAAUUAGAGAACUAAUUUAACUGUUAAGACUGGAUCAUCAAUUGAAGCACUUAAGGAAUUAAUUGGAAAAAGUAAGUGUAGAAUAUAAAUUAGGCAACUUGAAAUAACUAUUAUAAAUUAAUACAGAUAAAUUCAAGAAUACAAAAGAAAUAUCAUUUAUUGAUACUAAAAAGAGUAACUCAAGUGAAUUUGGAUAUGAUAAUAGAUUCAAUAAAUAAUUUUAAUAAUUUUAGACUGUUAAAACAACAACAAAUAAAUCAGAACCAAAAGAUAGAACUACAUUUAAAGUAUAAAAAAUAUCAUAAAUUAAUAGAAAGUAUUCUCAAAAAUUAUGGACCAAGAAAAAUCUAUGUCACCUAAUAAAAAGAUAGAUUGGAGCAAAAUAAAAUUACCAUUAACUACUAAAGAAUGUAUAUAAUAAUUUGGAUAAUAUUUGACUGAUUUUGAGAAAUAAGAGAUUCAUGGAUUCAGUAGAGUAAUUUUAAGUUAAAAGAUUAGAUUUAUUGCAUAGGGAUUACAUCCAAAAAAAUAGAUUAAAAAUAAUCAAACUACAAUGAUGGUUUUGAUGAUUCAAAAGGUGAGUAUUUAUAUUCACUUAAUGAUCAUAUUGGAUACAGAUAUGAAAUUUUAGAAAUAGUUGGAAAAGGUAGUUUUGGAUAAGCAUUUAAAGUUUAUGAUCAUAAGAGAUAAUAAGUGUAAUGUUUAAAAAUUAUAAGAAACAAAAAGAAAUUUACAAAUUAAGCUUUAGUUGAAUUAAAUAUAUUAACAUAUGUUAAAGAGAAAGAUGAAGAGAAUGUAACAAAUAUUGUAAAAAUAAAAGAUUUUGUAAUUUUUAGAAAUCAUGUGGUAUAUUUUAUUGAUUUAAAUUUUUUAGUGUAUCUCAUUUGAAUUCUUAUCAAUAAAUUUGUAUUAAUUAAUAAAGAAUAAUAAUUUUUAAAGUUUAUCUUUAGAACUUAUAAGAAGAUUUGCAAUUUAAAUUUUAAAUGCAUUGAAUUUUUUAAGUAAACAUAAAAUAAUACAUUGUGACUUAAAACCUGAGAACAUUUUAUUAAAGUAAGAAAACAAAAGUGGGAUUAAAAUUAUAGAUUUUGGUAGUAGUUGUUUUGAAAAUUAAAAGAUUUACUCUUAUAUUUAAUCAAGGUAUUAUAGAGCACCUGAAAUUAUGUUUGGUAUUCCCUAUGAUACAAGUAUUGAUAUGUGGAGUUUUGGAUGUAUAAUGGCAGAAUUAUAUUUGGGAUACCCAAUAUUUCCAGGUGAUGAUGAAUAAGAAUAAAUUGCAUAUAUAUUAGAAAUCCUUGGUAUGCCAGAUAAGGAACUUUUAGAAGUAAAUAUUUAAUCAAAAUUAUUUAAGAUUGCAUAAAGAAGGAAAGUUUUCUUUAAUGAUAUUCCCCCUUUUUAGCCUUUAUGUAUGUAAAAUAAAGGGACAAAAUUAAAAAUACCUGGUAGUAAAACAUUAUCAGAAGUUUUAUAAUGUAAGGAUAAUAAUUUUAUUGACUUCUUAUAAUAAUGUUUAGUUUGGAAUCCUAAACAUAGAAUAAGUCCUAUUGAUGCUCUUAUGCAUGUUUGGAUACUUGAUGGAUUACCUAGUCAAAUUAGACUUUAACAUGUUUAAUAUUUAGAAAGUUAAUAACAAUACUUAGAUGUAAAUGAUAGAAAAUAAGAAAUUAAUUUAAAAUAAGGUUAAUAAGGAUAAUAAAAAUUACCUAUUCAUCAUAUAUCAGAACCUGAAAUGAAUUAAGAAAAUAAAGUAAUAAAUUUUAACAUACUUUAGAAACCUAAUCAAAUUAGAACAUUUUCUAGAGAUAAAGAAUUAUUGAUUAAUAUUUCAUAGAAUCCUACUCCAAAUAAUAAGAAGAUUUCUUAAUCUUUUCAUUCUAGUAAAAACAGUCAUAAAUAGUAAUUGAAUUUUAUUCAAUAAUUCCCGGGAACUACAAAAUGCACUAAUAAGAAAACUCAUUAUUUUUAUUGA